UUCCGCUCAAACACGCAUGCGCUAAGCUGCCGCGAACCCUCAAAGAUCCAGACACGUGCGGUGUUGUUUCAUCAGCCGUGCGUUGCCGUCCAACGGAGCAUCGAGGUCGAGCUCAACAACCCCUGAGAGGUCCUUCAUCCUGAACAGAAAGAGAGAGAAGCCUCAAAGAUGGAAGCCGUUACGCUCACAUUUUUUGGAACAUGUGAGGAUUUCUUCCUUUUUGAAGUCCUGCCCUCGCCUGUCUGUCAAGGAGCUCCAACAUGCUGUGAGGGAGACGGUUUCAGGAUUUCUAAAUGCUACCAGUCAAACUGCUGGAUCCAAAGCAAGGAACAAAAGUUCUUGAUUCUGCACAAUACAGGGACUCUUGACGUUCAGGAUCUUAACGCAGAACAACGGCAACAGUCAGAGUGCAGGUUCAACAUCCAAUACUACCAGAACACGUCCAGAGACGCCACCAAGAAAAGGCCGGUCAUUCUGUACGCCUUCAAAAACGGCCAGACGGUGGCGGUGUGCUGCCAUGACGAGCACACCAUCUGCAGUCAACCAAUGGAUCUUCCCAACAACAUCUGUGAGACGAAGCACAAGGCCUUGUUCUACCGGACCAAAGUCUCCACCAACCUCUACAUGUUUGAGUCCUCCGUGUACACGAGCAGGUUUCUGGCCUUUGAGCCUCUGGAUAACAACCCCUGCAUUCAUAAGCUGGUGUUGCGUAACAAAAGUGAAGAUGAGGUGGACGAACCUUGCCAGGUCAUCGUGUCUCAGAUGUGAAACGUGAAGCAGACGAAAACAUGACCACCUUCUAGACCAGGCGUCUGCAACAGGUGAAGCUACAAGAACCCUUUGGUCCAGUUUCUUACAGACCAAAACGCAGCGAGAGCUGCAGAGCUCCACCUCAACCUAGAGAAAAAUCAACUUUAUAUUUUUGUAUUACCUAAGCCUUUUAUGUAUAAAAUUAAGCUUUUAAAUAUUUACAAUAAAUACACUAAAAGUAUAUUUUUAUAUAAAUACCAAGUUCAACUUUCUUUAUUUUUUGCAGAUUCACUGAAAUUAAUGUAAGAGUCUGAGACUUUUCUAUCAACUAUUCUCCUUGUACCAUUUAGUUUGGGUUCAUGAGUGAAAAAGCACACAAGAAAUUGUGUUCAGCAGUCAGCAGUUGUACAAAAAGUUACUAUAAAAAUCUAAACACAAAUGACAAUUUAGUUGAUUUAUUCAAGCAUUAUUCUUUUAACCCUUGUGCUAUCUUAGAUGACCCCACCCUUACAUUGACGUGUUCUCCCUACCAUGACAAAGGUGGAUAAAGGUGGAAAGAUUUCAUGUAAUCCAUGGACACCAGUGAAGAUCACAAAUCAUUGAAGAAAAAAGGGUCAACGCACUGUCUAGUGGGUCUAGAUGACCCAACUCCCAAUGUUAAAGUGCCUAGGAUAACACAAGGGUUAGAGCUAAAGAGCCACAAGAAAUGAAAAAAACAAAAACCAUGUGGCUCCAGUGCCUCGGGUUGCAGACCCCUGUUCUGUUCAAGAGUUGUGCUAAAGUUUAUCGAUUCUCAUCGUUAUUAAUGAACACUUGGCACUUUUUAGAGGAUCACUUCACAUUGAACCCAACUCCUCCAGGACAUGUUGCGUCAGGACACCUAAAGCUUCAUCAAAACCAGAACGGUCUGCUGCGUGAUUUGUAUUUUUGGGGGAAAUGUCUGACCAAGUGGGAUCCUAAAUAAAAUGCUGUGAAAUGGAAGCUGCUUGAGUGCAGCUGUAAGUUUUGUUGAAUGUUCUCUUCUGGAGUUUUCCUCCUGAAAUUAUGAAAACCAUAAAGAAAAAUGUGAAUACUGUUGGAUUUUUUUUAAAGUACUUUUUCCAUGAAUUAAACACCACAUUUACUGUU